UCAUUCACAGAGAGAGGAGAGAGGACCAGAGAACGCCGAAGAACUACUCUGCAACAGUGGCUGAUUUUGAAUGUUCUCUGUCUCAAAACAAUAGUUCUUUGUAUCUACGUUUUUUUGUCUUUUAGUUGCUGCACAUUUACAAACGGAUCCUUUGAGUUUCCUGAGAGCAUAAGCAGUCCAACUUUCAACAUGUCCUCAGAGGCGUCGUCUCCUGUAAAGUCCACCACCCCUCCUUUGUCCCCGCUGUCUCCUGUCUCUCCAGUGUCUCCUAACUCUCUGCGCCUGCCCGCCUGCCGCCACAGAGACCGAUCACCCUCCCCCAUGAGAGGGGGCUACCUGAUUCCCAGCCCCCUGCCCACCCGCCGCAACCGGACCUGCUCAGCAGCAGCACGUGCAGCAGAGGGGCCAGUUUUCACUGGGGUUUGCAAGUGCUUUUCACGGUCCAAAGGCCAUGGCUUCAUCACACCAUCGGACAGAGGCAAUGACAUCUUUGUGCACAUAUCUGACAUUGAGGGUGAAUACGUGCCUGUGGAGGGAGAUGAAGUCAGCUAUAAGAUCUGCUCUAUUCCACCCAAACAUGAGAAGAUCCAGGCUGUGGAGGUGACCAUCACUCAUUUAGCACCAGGCACAAAGCAUGAGACCUGGUCAGGAGCGGUGGUUGAAUCCUGAGGACCCGCGAUAAGAAUAGCUUGCUUUCUUCUGAACUGUCAGGCUGUGUGAUGGUGAUUUUGAAAUGGGUUUCUGUUCCUUUUUUUGGAGGUUUGGGGGAUGAGAGCAGGGCUGAAUGAAUGCCUUUAGAUGAGAAAUAUCAAAGUCUUGCUUCUGUUAUUUUUCUUUCUUUUUGGGGGGCCUGGGGGAGGGGGUUUGUUUUGAAGUAAUCUGUAUUAGUGGUUUUGUUUAAUUAUGUGGCAUGAACAGCAGCCAACAAAAAUGCUUAAACUAACCAUCUGUGACUUCAGUAUCUUUGAAUGAUCGUUGUCUUGAGAAUAUGGGAUACGCUUCAAGGGAUAGUUCACCCAAAAAUUAAAAUGUGGUCAUUAUUUACUCACCCUGUUGUUUCAGACCUGCAUGACUUACUGUCUUCUGUGGCACUCGAAAGGAACUGUUAGGGACUGACAGCCUUAUUCACUUUCAUUGUAUGGAGAAACAAAACAAACAUGCAAUGAAAGUGAAUGGUGACUGGCUAUCCUACCUAACAUUCUACCUAAACUUAUUUUUUAACACAAAAUAGAUUUGAGUUUGAAACAACAAGAGUGUGAGUAAAUGAUGAGAGAACAAUAAUUUUUGGGUGAACUAUCCCUUUAAGAAAACGGACCACACACUCUUAACAGAACGCCUUAACUCAUAUAUCUAAUAGCUAAAAUACAUAGUUCUCCAUAUAUUUUGUAUUUACUAAAUUUUUUUCUCUUUGUGUAUUGUCAACAUAUUGUGAAAAUAUAUCAUUUGGAUCAUUA